AUGGUAGCCCGCCUCUCCUCUUUGAUAUUUGUCGGAGAGACCAUCUCCCACGAUGAUGAGUGGAUUGAUGUUUCCGUGAACUAUGCCAUCGAUGCUUUUGUGGCUAUGCGAGAUCUACGAGAAUGGCCAUCCAUUCUACAUCCAGUUGUACACUGGUUCCUGCCUUCUACUCAAAAGCUACGCACGCACUUGGAAAUGGCUCGCUCCAUAAUUAGCCGCGAGAUAGACAGGCGGGCGUUGAUUCGUGCGGGCAAGCUCCCCGCAGAUGAUCUAUCUCGUGGUCCUGAUGCUAUGGACUGGUAUCGUGAGACCGCCGAAGCCCAGAAUAACUUGACAUUUGAUCAGUCUUGUGCUCAGGUUGGAUUGGCGCUGGCAGCCAUUCAUACCACGUCGAACUUGUUGACCAACGUCAUGUAUGACCUCGCGGCAUAUCCGGAGUAUAUCCAGCCGCUGCGUGAUGAGAUUUGUGCGGUUGCUGCCGAGGAUGGAGUUCUGAAGAAGACUAGUUUGCUCAAGCUGAAGUUGAUGGACAGUGUGAUGAAGGAAUCGCAGCGUAUUAAUCCACUCUCAUUGACCUCCAUGAACCGGCUCGCACUCAAGCAAAUUGUGCUCUCCGAUGGAACUGUAAUUCCCAAGGGUGCCAAUAUGUUUGUCUCUACAAAAAUAUUGGAAGAUGACAGUAUUUACCCUAAUGCUGCUACGUAUGACGGUUACCGGUUUUACAACAAACGCCUGCAGCCUGGCAAUGAACACAAGCAUCAGUUCGUCGCGACGACAAGCGAGCACUUUGUCUUCGGUCAUGGUGUUCACGCCUGCCCUGGCCGGUUCUUCGCUGCCAAUGAAACAAAGAUCAUGCUUCUUCAUUUGCUUCUGAAGUACGAUUGGAAACUGCAGAGCGGCGGUCGACCUCCAAACAUUGAAAACGGUGUCGAGUCUAUCACCGACCCACGGAUUCAGAUUCUGUUCCAAUCGCGUGAGUCGGAGGUUGACCUAGGCUUCCUAGGAGAAUAG